AUGAUCCCGCAGCCGUUCGUAGUCAAAUUGCUAUACUUAACCCUAAUUGCUACUGUGUUAGGGGCAACAACGGUGCAGCCUCCCAAAGCCUCUGAGCCCAAACCAUUUGCGUACAAGCAGACAAAUCGAAAACAAAUUUUACGACGUAUGAAGAUGAAAGGAAGAGACAGAAGGGCCCAACCUUCCAAUCUACCAGGAGUACCUGAUGUGUCGCCUUCCACAGAUGAUACAGUAACUUACUAUUACUUCCACUUGGGCAGUGGUUAUAUUGAAAAUGAUAACAACCCAAGCAACGAUUCGGAAUUUGCUCCUCCACAGGAAACCACCUUUGGCGGAGAUCAAGGCGAAGCUGUGCAGGCCUGCGCCGACUUUUCCUGGGAUCAAGGUUACUUCGCCUUCCAGGUAUACUACCGGAAAUCCAGGGACCAAUGGACUUGUAGAUCGUAUAUUGAAGCUUACACCGAUGAUCGAAGCGAUUCUUCGUACUUCAAUGUUCCCGAUCCAGACGUUACCUUAGCCUAUGGCUAUCAACAAAAAUACUAG